GCGGUUACCUGCUGGUAAGGUGAUUUAAGGAGCGGGCGCGCGCUCGCAGGCUCCUCAGCAUCCUGAGUGAUGGAGCUGAAGCGGAUUACAGGCCAGUGCGCGCCGCUCUUCUUCCUGGCGGUGACCUUUGACCUGGUGGGCUUCAUCCUGCUGCUGGUGGGCCUGUGCGCGUCCCCGCAGAUCGCAGGCCGCUGUUACGGGGAUUUCCUGGCGCUCACCGGCGCCAUCCUCAUGUUCUUCGGCCUGGGCAUGUGGGUGUUGUGGUACGCGGGGAACCUGGGCGCAGACGGGAGGCGCAGCGGCUUCGGGCGGAUCGCCAGGAAACUGACCGAGCGCCUGAGCUCAGUGCGGGGGAGAGGAGACCGCGCGAGCGCCGAGGAGGAGGAGGAGCAGCAGCAGCAGCAGGAGCAGGAGGAAGAGGAGGAAGAGGAAGAGGAGGAAGAUGGAGGAAAGGGAGAGAAAAAUGCUGCUUACACCAACGAAGCGUACGAACCUGAGGACAACGAGACAGUCUGAGAGCAGGUUAACUCUACGUGGAGGCUCUCGUGGAGGAUUCUCUGGAAAACAGAACUUGUAUUUCAUUUAUCGUCACUUUAUUUCUGUUUCUGCCAAAAAAAAUGCACAAAUUUAUACACACAAAUACACACCUGUGUGAACUGUACGGCUAUACACACAUCCUCAUCUACUGUAUCGGGGCACUUUCUGUCUGUGUGUUUCAGGGGAAGUGUUUGUUUGCUUCUCCUCUAAAGCUUCAUUAUUGUUUACACGUUUUUAUUCUCCGAGCUUUAGCGACUGACCCCGUGUUUGUUCUGCGAGUUUUGCUCCAGCGAGAGGAUUUUACAGUCAAACCGGCCGAGUCUGGAUGCAAACGUGUGUUUACAUGAGCUUAACUUACACUCCCACACGAGCAGCUCUUCGAAUAAUAGACCUUUAGCUGAGAGAGAGUGAGACAGGAAGUGAGACAAGAAGUGAGAGUGGUCAGACAGGUUUUAAUGAAAAACUCGUCUCUGGUUUCACUGCAUGCUGGAAAAUCACCAACGUCCAGAACGUCUCACCUUCAUCGCUCACGUUUACUUUACGCUGUUUUACUUUAUUUAUUUAUUUAUUUCAUUGUUUCAUUAUUUAUUCUCAGCUCUGAGUCACUGUCACUUUAUCUCAUCAUCAUAAACAAAAUGUGUAGCAAUAAAACACACACACACACACCACCAAGUACACAACAUGCACCUUGAUCAUUUAAUUAAAUGUGCAAUGAUUUGUAUAAAAAUACGGAUGAUUUGUGUCAAUAAAUAUCUCAUUGUUUACAUC